AUCUUCGAGUCACAGCACACCCUUUCUCCUGACGUUGCUUCUAAAAGAUCUGCUGAGCUGCACAGCAGUUCCAGCCCCAGCACUGCUGUGCAGGAGGAGAGCAGGAAGAGCACAAGUGCAGCAGUCAGACCUGGAGACACAGUGUAGUGCUGCUUGGGCUCCCUGUGUGCCUGUGAGUGCUAUCCCAAUGGCAGGAUGUCAAAGCAAAGAAUCCCAGCUGAGCAUCAUCCUCGUGGGCAAGACGGGGAGUGGGAAGAGUGCGACAGGGAACACCAUCCUUGGGAAGAAGGCAUUUCAUUCUUCUUUGUCAGCACAGUCGGUAACCCAACAGUACAACAAAGCUAAAGGCAAUGUUGCUGGAAGACCAAUUGAAGUAGUCGACACUCCUGGCCUAUUUGAUACAAGGGAAGCCAACGAAAGAACCGCUGAAAAGAUAAAGAAUGCCUUUCAGAACCUCUAUGCAGGGGUCCAUGCCAUCAUCCUGGUGAUGCAGCUGGGCCGAAUCACUAAGGAAGAGCAGGAAGUGGCUGAGUGGGUGACCAAGAUUUUCCAUACUAAAGCAGAGAAGUACACAAUCCUGCUGUUCACUCGAGCAGAAGAGCUGGAGCGUCCCGAAGACCUGAAGGGUUUCAUAGAAGGGAGCCCAUACCUGAAGGGGCUGGCAAGAAAGUGUGGGAAUCGCUACAUUGGUUUCAGCAACAGAGCUAGCGAAGAGGUGAGGGAUGGGCAGGUUGCAGAGCUUAUCUGCAUGAUCGAUGCCAUGGUGGAGCAGAACUAUCCUGAUCCACAUUACACCCGAGAGAUGCUGCAGGAAGACACACGGACAUUCUUUGAGAAGUUCUGUACCAUCCUGUAGGCAGUGAGGGGUCAGUCUGGGAGGAGACAUCUCCUCCGUUGUGCCAUCCCUGCAGUGCUCUAAAGAUGACGCUCUCAUUGCUUGCUUGCAGUUCCAUCCUUCUCCCUCCACGCCCCAUGCUUUCCCCUGCCAAUAUAUUCCUGCUUUCCCUGCGGGCUUCAGGUUCUCAAUGUGUGUGUGCUGCUACGUCACUGCGCUCUGCUGCUCUCAGCACUGCUGUGCUGCCGCUCUCCUCCCCAGCCCUGCAGACAUGGAUGAGCUGAGACAGAUGGGAACGUCGGGGCUGUGAGAUGUGCCCUUCGGGGAGGGCCCGGCACGGAGCGGUGCUGCGGAGCCGGGAGCCGUUGGCUGCCCUGUUGAGAGCCGGGCUGGUAGGAACCGUGCGGGGCUGGGGGGCUCUGCCUUCAUGGGGUGAUGCGGGGCGUGCUGUGCAGUGCUGGGCAUGAAGGAGCUCUCAAUAAACGCUGACCUUGCUGUGUUGUGGAAAA